GCGGGGCAGACAGUAGUACAGCAGCGGCAGCAUCGACUCUGUGACCGGAAGACGACUGCUCUCACUCCCUGGGGUUUUUUUUUUUUCGUCCACACUGCUGUGGUUCACUCCUGUAAACUGAGCCCUACACCUGGUGCAUCCCCCAACAAUAUUGCUUUCUUUUUUUUUUUCUUUCUCUCUAAAGAGUGAGAAAAACGUUUUCCAAGAAGCAACGCAGGCUUUUUGGGGGUCGUGAAAUCGGUUGUGUGUCAGCCCCCCCCCGGUUUCCCAGAGACGCACAAAAAGAGACGCAAAAAAAAAAAAGACUCACUCUCCACCAAGUCCACCUUGGAUAGCUGACAGAGCCGUCCGGUCCGCUCCGAGGUCCAGUUGGGGGAGAGAGACGAGGAGAAGUUAGCGCGGAAGGCAAGAGCGAGAAAAACAAGAGAGGACAGGAUGAAUCUCAAGACUCAUUUGGUUUUCACCCUCUACACUAUUUAUGGGAUUCUUCUGAAAGGCAUCAGCGGUCAGUACCCACUGGUUCAGAAUAUGACGGUGACAGAGGGUGGGACGGCGAACAUGACCUGCCGUGUGGAGUAUAACGACAACACCUCCCUCCAGUGGUCGAACCCAGCACAGCAGACCCUCUUUUUUGGUGACAAGAAAGCUUUAAGGGACAAUAGGAUCGAGCUGGUGCAUGCGUCAUGGUCAGAGUUGACCAUUAGCAUCAGUGAUGUCACGCUGACGGAUGAAGGCAUGUACACCUGUUCUCUCUUCACGAUGCCUGUCAGAACUGCCAAAGCCUACCUGACGGUUCUUGGGGUGCCGGAGAAGCCAGAGAUCGAUGGCCUGACAAAGCCUGCCAUGGAGGGGGACCAGAUCACUCUGACCUGCAUGACUCAGGGCAGCAAGCCCGCUGCCGACCUGCGCUGGUUCAGGAAUGAAAAGGAGGUCAAAGGUGCCAAAGAGGUGAAUGCAAGUGGGAAGACAUUUACAGUACGGAGCUCUCUGCAGCUGCACGUGGACAGAAAUGAUGAUGGAGUGGCCUACACCUGCAAAGUGGACCAUGUGGCACUCACACAGACACCACAGCAAGCCACUGAAGUACUGGAGGUCCACUAUGCUCCUCGUGUGCAGAUUUUCCACUCCCUUGCAGUCCCCCAGGAGGGUCAGUACUUAAAGCUGGAGUGUAUGUCCAACGGAAACCCUUCGCCAGAUCCUGUGAUGUGGACAAAGGACGGGGGUGAACUUCCUGACCUGGACAGGAUGAUUGUAGAGGGGAGGGAGCUCACCUUUACUUCACUCAACAAGACAGACAAUGGCACCUACCGCUGCGAAGCCGGCAACCACCUAGGGACCAGCAGUGCUGAAUAUGUGCUCUACGUCUAUGACAUCCCCACAACCCUGCCUCCAUCAACCACUCCCCCCCUACAUUCCAUCCCUCCAGAUCCUACCGCUCUAUUAGGCACCCACGUCUCAGACCCCACAGUCACUGGCAACAGAGAUCCCAAUGCUCUGGGGCAGCAUGGCACCGACCAUGCCUUGAUCGGAGGAGUGGUGGCUGUAGUGGUCUUCGUCACCUUGUGUUUAAUCAUUGUUCUGGGAAGAUACCUGGCCAGGCAUAAAGGAACGUACUUGACAAACGAGGCUAAAGGGGCGGACGACGCGCCUGAUGCCGAUACAGCUAUCAUCAACGCUGAGGGCAACCAUGCACACGCAGAAGAAAAGAAGGAGUACUUCAUUUAGACUGCAGAGGGAGCUGUGCAGCUCUCUCCUUCCCCUUACCCUCUUUCAACCUCUGUAUAUCUUUUUCUCUCUCUCUUUCUCCCCCUUUUCCUCCCCAAUUCUGACCACUGCCCCCGCUUUGUCAACAAGGAACCCGCAGGCAGUCCACAGACAGAGAAGUUCCUUAAGUGUUUUCCUAUUAUUGCCUUUUGUCUAUCUUUUACAUCUUGUCUUUUUUUUUUAUUGGCAGCCAGUUUUCACAGGCAGUUUGCUGUUGCUGCUGAAGUUGUCCCCUUUCUCAUAUUUUUCCUUCAUCUUUGACAUGAAUGCCUGGAAGUCUGUAUAUCUACCAUGACUGCUUCUCACCUGAGCCCUUCUGCAUCUUCUUUCCUGUUUCCCUCCAAGCAGGCAUCCAAACACACACUAUAUCCCCUUCGUUCACACACGUUCACAAACACAUAUCAUAUGUCACAUCAACACGGUGCCUAAAAUUACAGACGCCAUUGAACUUCUGUCAAUGCCUUCAUGUAUCGUCUGUCAGUAGCAAUGUAAAUGCUUUGUAGAUGGGUUAACUGGACCAUCAUUCCAUUGCUUAGCUCACAGCUUUUGAUUAUACGUUGCGUCUUUUUUAUUUUAAUGAGGAUCUUUGCUGUUUACGCCUUAUACAUGUCUGUCACACUGAAUAUGGUACUUUUAGAUCCACAUCACCCGAUCCACAUCACCCAACCCCUUCCCCUAUGAAUAGACUUGUAAUUAAACAGUUGACCCUUGUAAGAUAAGAAGAAGGUUUUGUGUAACACUGUAGCAAGGUUUGUCAGAUAAGUGUGUAAUAUGAUUUUCAUUAUUAGGGUAGGGGAAAUAAAGGGUAGUGUGGUAUUGUUUAGAGCAGAUAAUACACGCAGAUGCAAAAUGAAGCAUUCCAUCAAAUAAACUCAAUCAAGUGUAUAAAACCAUUUGCUAAAUCUGCUGUACUUUUGUCUAUAUAUUCUUGCACUGCCGAGGCUGCAGUUUAGUGAAACACCAACACCUUCAGUGUCCUCUUUAAAGCUUACAGGAGUUUGAGAUUCACAUAAUGGGUUCAGGUGUACAGAAAUAAUUAAUCUCCUCUCUCUAAAAGCUGUAUAAAUUGUAUUGAAAUGAGUUAGCUUUUGGCUUUGAAUUUUUUUUUAUGUUUAUGUCACAUUGAAAUAUAUUUAAGGCUUAAGGACCCCUUGAAAUGUAAAAUUAAAAAUGAAGACUUAAUAAAAUAAGUACACAGUUACAGUAUGAAUAUAAACAUUUACUGUUGAAUCAUUUUUGCCUCAAUCUUAUAGUAAUGUAAUUGUAUUGUCUUACAUUGGUUACCUCUUAUAAGCUUGAGUUCCUGGCAGCUUUUCACAUUGAUUAGUAUGCACACUUCUGUUCAUUUACUGGCUCAGAGAUAAGCAUUCAAACAUAUUAAUAUUUGAUACAAAUAGUGAUUACAUCAGUUUGACUGUAAACACAUUAUUUUUUAAAUUUCUGUUUAACAAGGUUUAAACAAUUUAGGUAAAUUGUAUGUAUCACCAACAUGUCAAAAACUCCUUCCUCUCAAACUGCAUAACUACACUACUUGUUUUUAUUUUGUCAGAGUCGCUCUCCAUGAACUGAACUUUGAUUUCCAUUUCAUGGGGUCUUCAAGCUAAAAAAAAAAGAAAAAAAUGUAAAAUAGUGUGUGAGUGCUGGGUCAUAGAUCUGCUGGGGCCUCCUUUCCAAAACUGAAGACAAAUAGAGAAGCACAAAAAUGUCUGAAUGAGUAACUGUGUUCCUUUGCCAACAAUUAGAUUGCCUUGGGAAUGAUUCUUCUAUUCAAAUGGGUAGUGGCAAGAUGACAAGGCUGUCUUUGAUUCAAUUCUAGGGGGAAAAAUACAGUGCAUCUUUUUGAAAAUGUAAGCUAAAAAAUGUUUUUAUUAAACACAUUUUAAUAGUUUUGGUUUAAAUGGUUCAAAUCUCCCUGCUGUGUAUUGUGUCUGCUAAAAUGUGGUUGAUUGUGAAAAUUGCUGUUAAAUUCUGGAUUCCUACAAAUUUGUAUAUUAGCCACGUUAUCUAUUUACUUUACUUUUUCAUUGCAUAAUCCUUUUUGGAAAACUUUUAAACAAAUGUAUUUUGUUUUGGCACAAGGCAUGUAUAUAAUGGGUGAAAACUAAAAUUUGGCCAUUCACAUUAGCAUGUUUCUGUUUGGUUCAUAUUUUAAUUUAUUUGAACUGAAGAUAUUUAAGAGAGAACUACAAUGAAAGUCUGUUUGUAACUUAAUUUUGAACAUCAGUGGCUGCUUGUGUUUAUAGUGUGCUCUUGGGUGCUACAGAGGAUUGGGUGUUGUAAUAGAUGUGAUUAACAAGAAAUGAAAAAUUACAAAACUGAACUGAAAUGAAUGUGUAUCUGUCUUCACCAAAACCUUCAAAUACAAAUUGGAAUUGAAAAGCAUUCAAAGAUACAUUGCCUUCAUGUUGGAGGCAUUUAAAGUCUCACACAGGCUUAGACAAACAUAACCUUGUGAACAACUUCUGUUUCUUUUAAUAUAUCCCUGCCAUUUGUCUUUCAUCAAUUUGCAGGAGUUUGGCUGAUUUACUCUCCUGUGAAAGAUCAACACACAAUGUGGAUUCUGAAACUAAAGACUUAAAAGGCAAGGCACUAAUCUACCAAGAGGGAGAAAAUUAUUACCAAGGGCAAUAAAAUAGUGGGCCCAGCUGUCUCCAAUUCAGUAGCCAAUUUACAGCAUUAUGCAAAUAAGGUCAGCAAGUAAGGUCUUUCUCUAUGUGUCUCCAGCACUGCUAGAGAGAAUCACAAGUUGGAAAUCGUUAUCUAAAUCUAUCACCACUGAUGUAAAAUUUAGGUUGCAUCUUACAUUUGAAUUUGUUUUUAAAAAAUGCAAAAGCUUUGCCACAGUUUCCAUAUUUUAUCAUUUUAGAGCACUUCAGUCAAUAUACCACUAAAGGUUUGUCUUCAGCCUCACCACGUUCUGGGCUAAAGCACUCUAGACUGGCUCUGGUCUUUGGAAAUCUUCUGUAUCACAUACUGUACUUUCAUCACAGUGAUUUAAUGUCUUUUUUUUACUUUUCUAUGUAGUUCUUUUCACUGUGUCUUAAUCAAUGAUUGUGUCAGUCAAAUUUUUUUGUUGCUUUACGCCUGCGUAUCAAUCUUAGAAAUAAGAGAGUGGACGAAUGGAUCUGUGGAUUCUGAUGUCCGAGAGGCAGAUUGGUUUUUAAUUAAAGAAGCACUGGUCUGCAGUAAUGAGUUGGUGUUUAGAAAUUAAAUAGGUGCCAUUUACUGAAUUAUGCACUCUGACUAAUUUGAUGGAUAUUUCUUAGUAAAUGGUGAAAUGUGUUUUACAUUGGUUGUUGUUGAUGUUUUCCUUUCUGAAAAUCAUAUGUAAAUAUUUGUUUUGACAUGGCAGUAAUGAGCUAAUUUGUUGAAAAUGGCUUUUUAUGAUGGUUAGACCAAACCUGAUUUUUAUUUUUAGAAUUUGUUAAUCUAACAGCCUGGCACAUACCAUCAUGAACUAUUUUACAAUGAUAGAAUCAACUAUCAUAGUAAGUAACAUCUUUGGGUCGGUUAUUAGUUAUUUUCUUUCUAUGUUGUCGGUUGAAACUAAGCUUUAAACUUGUUGCCUCCUUGCUUUCCAACAUAUACCAGUUCGGUAAAUAUCCCCUACAUCAUGGGCCUCUAAUUUCAUCCUGGCGGCAAGACAGUAACAGUGCUAACGAAGCCGCAGUGGCAUUUUCAUUGGGCACUAGUCCAUUUUAUUGACUUGCCUGUUUUGUUCCCUGGCUCUAAACUAACCCACUUUCUUUGACUGAUGGUGGGGGUGGUGCAGCUGAGACUACUUAUUUAUGCAGAUCAGGCAGUAACUUUGGCAUGAAAUUGCUAACAGUUUUGUGAACAUUUUUUUCAUGUUGGCGGUAAACAGACUUGUACAAGAUCACACAAAGAAAAUCUAUGAUGCAUGCGUGACUUUUAAUCGUAUGUGUGUGUUCCACUGUAUUAGGCCACAGGAAGUAAUAAUGGAAACACAUUUUAUUAUACUACAAGUUUCUGGCGAUAUUCACCAAGUUCAUUCAUAUAAUUAUGUUAUAUGAUAACAUCAUAUCACAAGAGUACAGUGUAUCCUUAAAUUCAGCUUUAAUAAGGGACAUCAGAGACUCCUCGGACGCAUAUUUGGGGAGCUGCACCUCCAGUUUGCUUCUUACCCUCCUUCUGCCUGUUUGUUUCUUUUAAAAAGGGAUGAGACAAACUAAUGUGAUUGGUGAUUUUUGAAGCUUUUACCAAACUCCUCCUGGUGAUUAUGCAUUAUGUAUUCAUCCUGCUACAGCUUUUCACCACAAUGCAAAGCCCCAGGAGCGCACCCCUGGUCAAAACAUAUUGCAGUCACACACGCAUGCAUUUUUGCUCAAGUUUGCGUUGGCAAUUGUCCCCAGUGUCAGGAAAUUAGAUGCCCAUAUCAACUAAAAAAUACCAACUCUAAAUCCCUUAUUAAAAAAGGGAUGAAUAUGAAAGCAAUGGCCACUUUGAGUCAUAAUCUGUAAUUUUUCAUUAAUGGUUUACAUUUUGUUUUCAACUUAAAGGUUUUGUUUUCAACUGCAGUGAUAAUAGCAUGUCAGGUCUCGGUCCAGUCGUAUCUCUCCUCCUCCGACCCUUCAUAUGUCGAAGAGUUUAGUUUCAGCGCAUUUCAUUGUUCCUCUGCAAUAUUGAAUCUAGAAACAAUCAGCCCAAUCUCCAUAUUGUCAUAACAAUGAAAACAAGUGACACAAUCACAUGUAGAGAUGUAUUUGGGUUUUUUUUUGUUUUUAUAAUCAUAUCUCUUUCUUUUGUUUUGCAUCUCAGGAAUCUAUUUCAUUUAGAUAUUUUUUUUCAUUUUGUUUUCUGUCUAAAAAUGGGGACUUGUGAGCACUUCUCACUCUGCUACUGUAGUCUCUGAAUGCUGACAUCGCAAUGUUAAUAAAGUUAUUCAGUGAUUCUUCAGUAAUUCUGUCAACUUGCUGUCAUUGGGAUUUUAGACUUAAGAAAGAGUUUUUUGAUAUGAUCGCUCACUUGAAAUCCUGACAUUUAUAAAUAUGCUGCAAAUAAUUACAAGUUUCAAGAACAAUAGAAGUUGUGUUUGUACACAAUGUUAUCUUAUAUUAGCUUAUGGUAUGUAAGCAGUUCAAUGCUUUUUGCCCUCUAUCAUAAUGUUUUCCAUGUAGCAACACACAACUUUAUGUAUAUUAGUCCUCAGAUGAAAGGAGUUGUAAAGCAUUAUCACUCACAAAAUGUACAAAAUAUCCACAGUGAAGAUGAGCAUUAGAGCUAGACACUCUUAUUUAGCUUCUGAUGUACCUUGGUGAAAUAGGGGGUUUCAUAUCAAGCUGUACUGAGAGGGCUUGAUUCGAUAUAUAGCACAGUAAUGAAGGAGGUUUUUUUCCCAUUGUCUGUGGGAUUUAUUACAUUUAAUUUAGAGGUUCGUUCUCAUGUAUGAAAUGAAAAAAUGUUGAA